AAACGCCCAUUUCCCAUUGCUACAGUCCCAUGUGAAGGUGAACCUCGACUGUCCUUUACAUAUUCAACCACGGCGCCCUGUCCUGGACUGCACGGAUCUGCUGUCAUGUCACUGUUCUCAGAGGUUCCGCAAGCCACCCCUGUGGCUGUUUUCAAACUGACCGCAGAUUUCCGUGAGGACAGUAGCCCGAAUAAGGUGAAUCUUGGUGUUGGAGCAUAUAGGACCGAUGACAAUCAGCCAUGGGUUCUUCCUGUGGUGAAGAAGGUGGAAAGGAUGAUUGUGGAGGACCAAAGCCUCAACCAUGAGUACCUGCCCAUCUUGGGGUUGCCCGAGUUCCGCUCUAGCGCCUCUAAGAUUGCCCUUGGCGAUGACAGCCUGGCCAUCCUGGAGAACAGGGUUGGUGGUGUGCAGUGCCUAGGGGGAACAGGAGCUCUGAAGAUAGGGGCAGAGUUUCUGCGCCGGUGGUAUUAUGGCUACAACAACACAGCUACUCCCGUUUAUGUUUCUGCACCCACAUGGGAAAAUCACAACGGUGUUUUUGCUGAUGCUGGGUUUCAAGAUAUUCGUCCAUACAAGUACUGGAAUGCUGAAAAGCGAAGUUUGGAUCUUGCUGGAUUUUUAGGUGACCUUGAGAGUGCUCCAGAGCACUCCAUCUUUGUGAUGCACGCAUGUGCCCACAAUCCCACGGGCAUUGACCCCACACCAGAAGAGUGGAAGCAGAUUGCUGAGGUCAUGAAGCGGAGGAACCUCUUUCCUUUCUUUGACUCGGCCUACCAAGGUUUUGCUUCUGGAAGCCUGGAGAAGGAUGCUUGGGCUGUCCGAUACUUUGUGUCUCAGGGUUUCGAGCUGUUUUGCGCCCAAUCUUUUUCAAAGAACUUUGGGCUCUAUAAUGAGAGAGUUGGGAACCUCACCAUUGUUGCAAAGGACAAUGAAAACCUGACCAGGGUUUUAUCUCAGAUGGAGAAGAUUGUUAGGACUAUUUGGUCCAACCCCCCUUCACAAGGAGCCCGCGUGGUAGCCCUUACACUGAACAGCCCCGAGCUCUUUGCUGAAUGGCAAGAAAAUGUGAAGACCAUGGCAGACAGAGUGCUGCUGAUGAGGGCCCAGCUGAAGGCCAAGCUCCAGGCCCUGGGCACCCCAGGCACAUGGGACCACAUCACCCAGCAGAUUGGCAUGUUCAGCUUCACUGGCCUCACCCCUCAUCAGGUGGAGUACCUAAGCAAGGAGAAACACAUCUAUCUGAUGGCCAGUGGCCGCAUCAACAUGUGUGGUCUGACCACCAAGAACAUUGACUAUGUGGCAGAGUCUAUCCAUGAGGCUGUCAGCACAGUUCAAUAGAGGUCUGCCCUGAUGUCCUGGUGUUACCUGGUCCAGUAGUACUUAGCACAAUAGUCAUUGAGUGGUGCUCUGGUCAGACAGCCCUAUCCUCAACUGUCACCUUACACCUCUAGCACAUCAGCAAGGAUGAACUUUCAAUUAGUAUAUACGUUAUUGGGAAUCUAAAACAAAGAUAAGUAUCAAAUGUGCUAGUUAGGCUAUGAAUUGUUCAUUGUUAUCUGUGCUCCUUUAUUUCAUCAUUUAAUUUUUCCUCUAAAAUGACUGGAAUUUUGAAAGCCAUAAUUUUUCCUCCAUUAAGCACUUUAUUAAGACAUUUAAACUUGGAUGAAUAUUACAUUUAGGUCCCUGCAAUUUUGGUUAAUUUAAGAAAAUACCAGGUUAUUUUAGAUUUGAAAUGCCUUUGUGCAUCUAGUUUUAGCGCACAAUUUCAAAAUUAGAAGGCAGUGUUCAGGCAUUUUAUGCAUUUUUUUGGUAACAGACUAAGCAUGCUUGCAGUUAGGUGCUGGGCAUUCUCAGAAAAGAAGGAUUUGUAUGAAGUUAACAGCUAUUUAAACCUUUUAAUAUAGUGAGUGGCUGAAUAAGUCAGUUCCGCUCAGAUAAACCAGAUGUUGAGUGUGCUGGGGUACCACUAUGCUAGUCAGAUCAAAUGCGUUAUUGGGACUGUUGUCACUGACAGGUGUCACAACUUGUAUACAUUUCCUUAAACUGAACAGACAUAGCUUUCUUUUCAGAUGCCAUGUACCACAUCACACACUAAGUGAUUAGCAGUGAUGGUUGAAUAAUUAUGUUGUCUUGUUUAAACUGUAAAAUUGUUUUUAUGACUCACUUUGUCAUGACUGAUUGGCAAAUCCUUUCCAUUUUCACCUAUUGCAGUAUGAAAAUAAUUCCCUGAAAAGGGUGCUUCAGGAUGAAUUUGAUGUAUUCUAUGAAGGCACUUUGAUGCAGGGACUCAUGGAGGCAAUUGUAAUCACGGUUAUGUUAAAAUGUCUUUGACACUUGAAUGUUUCAUCUGCCAUCAGCGGUUGCAGUUUUCAGUGCAUGUCUGGCUUCUGUGUCCCUGCAGCACAUAGUCCUCAAACAUGUUUCCUGUCUUUUAAUGCCCCGUGUUCCCUUUUUGAUGUUGUGUCUAGGAGCCUGUGUGUGUUGAAGUGCAUUUAUUUGCUGAUGUAAACUUUGGUUCUCACAUUAUAUUUAAGUUCAUUGCUGAUAGUGCGAUGUGUUUAAAAUAAAUUAGAAUGG